AUGCGCGCCAGCGGCAAAGCGGCCGAGGUUCCCGACACGGCGUUAUGUAUUAUCACAUACCCUUACCACAGACAACGCUGUAGUCUCUUCUCGUACAACAAGGCAAGCCUCACGCUGAUCAAUGCUGAAACACUCAGCUGCAAUCCCCCAAUAGAACACGACGUGAUUCAAGCCUCUCGUGGACGAAUGCAGACAUUCCUCAUGCAAGUCGGCGGGGAAUUGCCCAAGCACUUCACAGUCUACUUCUUCGUCGUCUCUUCUCUUCUUUUACUUCUCUAUUGGCCCUUGGGAUUCGGUCUCCUAAUCGUGAGCGUGUGUUCUAUAGGCAAACGCCGCAAGAUCAGGUGCUCGUUCAAACCCGGCAACCCGGCGACUUGCGCGUGGUGCAUCUCCCACAACCUAGUCUGUGUCAGCCAGCGAUUCCGUGAUGAGGCGAGCGAUGCCUCGCGCAACCAAAGCAUGGAGGAGAGGAUGACGCGGAUGGAGGACUUGCUUGGACGGGUUCUUGAAAGGCUGGAGGCUGCAAACACGCGUUCUCCUCAUACUAUAGAGGAGGAAGCCCAUGGACGCCUAGAAACCGCCGAGACCGCCAUCGGGAUCGAUGUCGUCAACACGAAUUCUACCGUUUCGAACCCUUCUUCGACUUCUGCCGUGGUUUCCAUCUUCAAAAAUACAGCUUUCAUGUCCGAGAUCAGCGGACAGAAGGCCUCUGCAACACCUACUGCCACCACAGCAACAGAUAUCGACCAAUCCAUUGUCCACAGCAAUACGACCAUGUGGCCGAAACUGACGAGAGUCUCCCACCUUCUGCUAGAGAUGAUGCCGCCUCGUUGCACAAUAGAGCUUCUCGAUAGCCAAAGCUCGCCUUGGAUCUGCCAACUACUUCGCCCCCUUCCAUCACUCAAACACCUGAACAAGUUCUCGCUGCUAAAGAUGAUGCCGCUCGAAUCAUCAACUCCAAGCCACCCUACGUUCAUUGCGAGAGCUCUGAUGUGCAUCGUGAUAUGCUUGCAGCAGCUUCCCCAAAACAUCGACGCCUCGCAAUUUGAGUUACCAUCUCCUCGAACCGAAUACAUGCAGUCUCUUACUUCGUUGAUCAUCUCCCUGGUCACCUCUGACGACGAACUCGUCGCCACGCAGGAAGGCCUCGAGUGCCUAUUGCUACUCAACAUCUACUUUGUCAACUCGGGCAGACCACGACGAGCGUGGCUCAACAACCGCAGAGCAAUGGCAAUCGCGCAGUUGAUGGACUUGCACAGGAUACACGACAACGACGACCUUGAUGAAGACCGAAGCGACGCAGAGUCCAAAUUGGCCGACCUUUGGCCGCACAUCAACCAUCACGACCGCCAUCUCUCCCAGAUUCUAGGGUUCCCUUGCGGAGUAGGAAAUGCAUACGAGCCUUUUGCACCAGACAAUCUCAAGCUCAUGCAACACCUGGACGAAAAGAAACAAGAUGCCAUCUAUCUUGCACAUCUCGACCGCAUCGCCGCACUGUUGAUCGAAAGGGAACAGCGCGCUUCGACGGCAGGGACUGCCAUUACCCAAACCGUCGAUCAUGCGCUUGUGAAUCUUUCCACGUCAAUGCCCUCGUCGUGGUGGCACCCAUUCGACAGGCUCUCUGGCACGCAAGAGGAGGCAAUGGACAUGCUCUACGGCCGCUACAACAUCCAGCUAUGGCACCACCAGCUCGAAAUGUCCAACCAUCUACCAUUCAUGCUCGACGCAGACGAGGACACACGGAGCGAAUACAGCCGGAUCGCCUGUCUCAAGGCCGCUCGACAGCUCAUCAAGGUCUACCUCCCGCUACGCACAACCUUUGGCAUGUUCUCCUGCUGCAUGACCAACUUCCAAGCCUUCACCGCGGCCGUGAUUCUCAUCUUCAACAUGUUCCUCCGGACCCCUGCUGCCGAGCUCGAGGUGCUCUCGGGUCGAAGGGAGAGCGACUGGGAGCUCAUAGCGGAUGUCAUAGCCGCCCUUGAUGCCGCGGUCGAGCGGUUUGAGGACAGAGUCGCUCUGCAGGCGCGGGACGUGUUGACGCUGCUUCAGGCUAUUGAGAAGGACCCCAAGACGCUGCAGGGCGAAAAGUUUCACUUUACGAUUCCUUACUUUGGCAUCAUUUCCAUUGCGCGGAAGACGGGACAGGACGGCAACGACGGUCACGGCGAAGAGAACCAGCCGAUGGAUGGGGAGAGUGCAUCUGGUGGCCAGUCGGCUUCUGCUGGAGCCGAGGUGUAUCUUGAUUACUUGCCCACGUUCAUGACGACCAUUGACUUCAUGGGGCCCAGCACGGCGGCGGACGUCGACGAGCUGAUGCAGCAGUGGCUUGUUGAGGACAUGUGA